CGGAGCUCCGCGACGAGGCUGCGUGGGGCGCCGAUGAGCCGCGCCGAGGGUUGGGCCGCGGGCGGGGCCACAGCUGCGGUUGCCGCGGGGACCCGGCAGGGACUUGGCCCGAGGACGGAAGUGGGAAAGUUGUCGGAGUCCCUGAGAGCGGCGGAGCUGUGCGCGCGGCGGCCAUGGGGGGCUCGGGCAGUCGUCUGUCCAAGGAGCUGCUGGCCGAGUACCAGGACUUGACGUUCCUGACCAAGCAGGAGAUCGUCCAAGCCCACAGACGGUUUUCUGAGCUGCUUCCUCGGGACAAACAGAAUGUGGAGGACUCCCUGCGGGAACGUGUUUCCUUUGAGGAUAUCCUCAGCAUUCCAGAGCUCAAGGCUAACCCCUUCAAGGAGCGAAUCUGCAAGGUCUUCUCCACAGCCCCUUCCAGAGACAGUCUGAGCUUUGAGGACUUCCUGGACCUCCUGAGUGUGUUCAGUGACACAGCGACCCCAGAUAUCAAGUCCCACUAUGCCUUCCGCAUCUUCGACUUUGAUGAUGAUGGAACUCUGGACAGGGAAGACCUGUGCCGGCUUGUGAACUGUCUCACGGGUGAAGGCGAAGACACUCAACUCAGCGCUUCAGAGAUGAAGCAGCUUAUUGACAAUAUCCUGGAAGAGUCUGACAUUGACAGGGAUGGGACCAUCAAUCUCUCUGAGUUCCAGCAUGUCAUCUCACGUUCACCAGAUUUUGUUAGCUCCUUUAAGAUUGUCCUGUGACUGCAGCCCCAGUGUACAUCUCAGCACACCCAGUCCAAGACCUUCCUGCUGCUGAGCUGUGGCCAAGGUCAUGCCCACGUCAUCAGGGCCGGCCAAGCUGGCCCAGCCUGGAGCUGGCACUGCAGUCGGCCGGGGCAGGGAGGGCCCUGCCCCCACACUCUUCACUGAUCUGUCAUCACCGUUUCUACUGAUCAGUAAUAAAAGCUUUAUAAGUUUUGA